GUCGUGAGUCAGCUCAAACAUUCUUGUCACAAGCAGACUAUUUCUAGCAAACAGUGUUCUGUAUGUUGUGCGCAAAGUAAAUGUGUAGCGCAAUCUGAUGGUAACUGUGAAGGUCAGCCCACUUUACAUUACGUGCAAAAUAGGGGACUUUACGGGACAGUUCAAGUAAUACUUCUGUGAGGAAUGGCGGAACGUACAUUCAGGAGCCUACAGUGGUCUGACAGAGAACUAUGGUACGAAUACAAUGGCGGCAUUUUUCUCUUCGCCGUGGUUCCCCCCGAAUGCUGGAAGGAAAUUGAAGCCUUUCAAGCCCGCCCAACUGAUAUAUGUAUAGCAAGUCCUGGUAGGAGUGGUUCACACUGGAUGUCGCGGAUUAUAAACCUCCUUUUGGGCUUUGAUAACCCCGACUUUCUCAACGAUCCACCGCUUGAGAAUUUACUAAUUUCUGCUGUAACCGAUCCCAAUGCUCCGCAACGCAUGGGUUACCACGUAGUGGCUGAGAUGCCUUCUGAUCGUCCAAGAGUCAUAUCUACUCACGUUCCUGCGACACACCUGCCAAAGUCAUUCUGGAAUACCGAAGGAGUCAAGAUUCUCUUCAUGCUGAGAAACCCCUUCGACACGUGUAGAUCUGCAUUCAAGUUAAUUUCAAAUUUAGUCAGUGGACCCAUGUCGUUUUCUUCAUAUCUGAAGUUCAGUCUAGAUGAGCAAAAACUUGGUAGCUGUACUCUGCAGAGUCUUACCCGAAGUUAUUGGGAAAGACGGCAUCAGAAAAACCUUCUUUUCGUCUACUACGAAGAUCUGAGAGAAAAUUUUCGACAAACCGUCACUUCCGUAGCGAACUUCUUGGAAAUCCCAGUGUCAGCUGACCAACUCGACAUGAUUCAGGAGCGAUCGUCCUUGAGGGUCAUGAGAGCAAUGGAGGCAAAGGCGCAAACCAACGAGGGCACCGGUGUGGGAACUCUCAUUAACAAAGGAUUGAUUAACAAAGCAAUCACGGAGUAUUCUGAAAUGGACAUUGCGUUUGUCAAGUCCAAGAUCAAGGAAAAACUGGCUGAUACUGAUAUUAGAUACGUGGAAGAUAUCAUGUAACAGAAACCCGUGUCCAACAUCAAUGUUGUCAAUGCUGCUUUCACCAGCGUUCACAUCUGUCAGAUUAUUAGCAUUCAUAUCCAUGUGUCGUCAAGGCGAUUCCGGGAAUCCAAAUCCCGCGAUUCGUGCGGAGAAUCCAACCACUCACAUUCGAUUUCAGGCAUACACGUUGGCAACGUUCUAUGCCGUGUUUAGAGAUGUACAUGUAUCUGAUUCGUAAGUGUGACGUCACUUCAGUUUAAACCACACCCACUGCAC